UGCACGUGAAGUGAUACUGACUCUCGUGGACGAAGAGGACGAAGACGCUUGUGGAACCUGAAACUAGCCUGUCGUCGAACUGACUGUCCCAGGAACCAUUAUCGGUCAAUAAUAACACCAGGCGGCGUCUGAUUGCAAAAUUAUGCGCGUAAUAUUCGUAACAUUUAUUUGCCUGUCGUCAUUACCCUGGCACGACAGCGUGUCCAGCGUGUUCGAAGUGCACGAAUUCAUGUUCAUGAACAAAUCAAUACUGUACUUGUGGAAACGUGGAGCAUCUCCAAUGACUGAACGGUUCUGCCUGUGCUACGGGCACUCCCAUGCCAUGACUCACCACUUCAUGGGCUACAACUGCUCAAGGCGUCGCAAGGGUUCCUGGUGCCACCUGGACCAUACCCGUCCAGGGUUACAUCGCACUACCACAGGUUGUCUUGGAAAGUUUCAGCAGUACGAGUUUUCCCUGCAGCAAUAUCCAACGACGCUGAACACACCAACCACUGCCCCGUCAGCAAUUGAAUGCAGGGCCGUCGACAAUACAACUACAGACGUCGUUGGAGAAUUUCCUGGCGACACUAACUUUACCUUCUGUAGCAUAAACCUCUGCAAGAGCUGCACCGGUGGAUUCAGCAACUACACCUACUGCACCAACCUGUGGACAAGGGAUCCACGUCUCCGGUUCCAGGCCAUCACCGAUACAGACUUCUCCAUUGGAGUAAAAUGGAACAACACUCACGCACGCAACCAAAGCCUCGUGGCGUUAGUUUGUGCCUCUGAAGGCAACUGCCACACUAGCUGUUUUCUGGAGACCGUUCCAGGUGCCAAAGGAGAAUAUCUGGUGCCCACGGAUCUAUGGCGCUUUAAAGUGGCACUUUGGGUCCAUCGAUCGGAUGGGGUGGCCAUUUACCAGAAAAACUUCCGCAGCAAGAGGCUAGCUCCAGACAAGCCCUGCUUUUGGACAAGUGCACUGAAGAGCUGGACAGAAGUUCGCUUGUACUGGUGGCCUCAUGACGAGUCUUCCCAUGGUUACACCGUCUCUUGGUGUGAGGACUUCGAUUUAGCGGAGUGGUUCUUUGCCAUUGGUCUGGUCAUGCCUCCAAAUACCAACAACAGCAAGUGCUCGAUUAACGUCAAGAUACCUUCAGCAACUGUUCGGCACCUGCAACCCUUCAAGAGAUACCAGUUUCGCGUGAUGGCAUACCGGUGGACCGACUCUAAUCAUACAGAGCGCCUUUUCAGCAGACCUCUUAUCACUGAUAGCAUCAUAAUGAUUAAUCCGUCAUUCAUGCCAUUUUUCGUGGUGCUGGGUGUGCUUGGGAUGUCCAUCUUGAUCGCUGUUGUGUUCUUACUCAGCAAGCUUCCUCUAAGAAGGACCAGACCCGCAGCGCGGGAACCACCUGUUAUACAGGUUCAGCGCCGAGCUAUCUAUCACAGACCACCUCAGCUACCUCCUGUUAUUCUAAGAAGGCACUCUAGAGGAGAUUUCUAGCUAUUGCCAGCAUAUAUAUAUAUAUAUAUAUAUAUAUAGAUGGAGUAAAAGAUUUUUCUACCUG